UCGAUUCGAACGACGUCACCCCGUCGAAUAUGCGAUUACGCGUCGACCCGUCGACUUUCACUUGGAGGGCCUUCGUUUUCUUUCGUCCCACGUCGAAACGAUGGCAGACGACUGUGCCAAGAGCACUUUGAAGUCUUUUCCACUCCUGAAGACGAAAGCCGGCCCGAGGGACAAGGACUUGUGGCCUUUACGACUUAAAGAAGAGUACCAGUCGUUAAUCCAGUAUGUGCAGUACAAUAAAAAAACCGAUAAUGAUUGGUUUAGACUGGAAUCAAAUUACGAAGGUACCAAGUGGUUUGGGAAGUGCUGGUUCAUUCACAACCUGAUCAAAUAUGAGUUUGACAUCGAAUUUGAUAUUCCGGUCACUUACCCGUUGACGGCGCCUGAAAUCGCAUUGCCUGAAUUGGACGGCAAGACUUCGAAAAUGUUUAGAGGAGGUAAAAUCUGCCUUUCAGACCAUUUCAAACCUCUUUGGGGACGUAACGUACCGAAAUUUGGCAUCGCACACGCCAUGGCUCUAGGUCUUGGACCUUGGUUGGCUGUGGAAGUGCCAGAUUUAAUUGAAAAAGGAAUUGUCAAGGAAAAAUCGCUGGCUUCUUAAAUGUUUUAUUUUCAUAUUUAUUACUGUUAAUAAAUUUUGUUAUGACAUUACUAAA